CGAUUGAAAACUACAAAAAUACAUUUACAAAAUUUAACACAAUCACGACAUGAUGACACUGGAACUACUAGUUAUCAAUUACUGAAUAUACCUUCAAUUCCUUUCUAUUAUUCUAAAAUAGCCAUAUAUUGUGUAUUAACUGUGCUUUUAAUAUUAAUAAGUGUUCAAUGUUACGUGGUUUAUUAUGAACCGGUAACUACGUUAAUGAAAAAAGAUCUACCAAAUCCUCCUAAGCCGGAUUCUGGUCGCUGUGUAGUUAUAAAAGAUAACGAGAAAUUUGAUUGUCAUCCAGAAGAAGAUCCUAAUCAAGAAAAAUGCGAACGUCGUGGUUGUUGUUGGUCUCCAAAAAAUACAAUUUACAACAAAACUAAGAAUACUCCAUUAGAUACACCAUAUUGUUACUACCCUGUCAAUUAUGGUGGCUAUAAUUUUAGUGCUUCGACAAGUACUUAUGUUCGAACAUUUAAAAGUCCAUACCCAAAUGAUAUCACUGAAUUAAAAUUAUCCGUGGCUCAUCGAACUGCAAACUGUAUGAAUAUUCGAAUUACACCAAACUAUCCGUUACCUGUUCGAUAUGAAUCUCCUUUUCCCAUGAUUAUGGAACAAACUGUUGAUAGUGAACAAAGUAAUUUAAAGUACAGCAUGAACAAGGACAUAUUCGGUUUCAAAGUAUUUCACAAAGAUGGAAGUAUCAUAUUUGAUAUGGCACCUAAUUCUGGAUUUAUUUACGCUGAUCAAUUUUUACAAAUAUCUUCAAACAUGCCAAAAAAUUCAACUUUGUAUGGUAUUGGUGAAAGGAGAGGAAAUUUACGAAUUGAUACAAAAGUGUGGCAAAAUUUUGUAUUAUUUAAUGCUGAUCAACCACCAGCAGAAAAUAUGAAUUUGUAUGGUUCACAUCCUUUUUAUUUAGUGAAAGAUGAGUCCAUUCAGAAUCCACACUAUUAUGGAGUUUGGAUGUUGAACAGUAAUGCAAUAGAAAUAAUUGUACAACCCAAUCCAGCUAUUACAAUUCGAACAUUAGGUGGUAUACUUGAUUUUUAUAUAUUUAGCGGACCCACACCUGAAAGCAUUUUACAAGAAUAUCACAAACUAAUUGGUUUGCCACAUAUGCCACCAUUAUGGGCAUUAGGUUUUCAUUUAUGCAGAUAUGGUACUAAAACUUUAAAUAAAACGAAAGAAAUAUUUUUAAGAAAUAAAAAUGCUGGAAUUCCAAUUGACGUUCAAUGGAAUGAUUUGGAUUAUAUGGAAGCAAAUAAUGAUUUCACUUAUGAUAAAAAUUCAUUUAAAGACUUAGCGAAUUUUAUCCACGAAUUACAUGAUCAGGGUGUAAAAUGGGUUCCAUUAGUUGAUAUUGGUAUUAGCGGCAGCGAGGCCAAUGGUACAUAUCCACCAUAUGAUUUAGGUGUAAAUAUGGACAUAUUUGUUAAAAAUUAUACUGGAGGUAUAUUUAUUGGAAAAGUUUGGAAUGGUAAAUCUACAGUUUGGCCUGACUUUUCACAUAAGAAUGUAUUAGUCUAUUGGCAAAAACUAUUUCAAGAUUUUCACAAUGAACUGUCGUUUGAUGGAAUAUGGUUAGAUAUGAAUGAACCAUCCAAUUUUUAUAAUGGUGCUGAAAAUGGAUGUCCAGAUACGAAUUUAGAAAAUCCACCUUAUUUACCAAGAGUUAAUGGUGGCAUGUUACGAUAUAAAACAUUUUGCAUGACUGCAAAACAUGAAUAUAGUGAUCACUAUAAUUUGCAUAACGUUUACGGUGCAUUAGAAGUUUACAACACAUAUCGUGCUUUACGUUCACUGGGUCCAAACCGUCCAUUUAUUAUAUCACGAUCAUCAUUCUCUGGACUUGGACAUUAUGCUGGACAUUGGAGUGGUGACGUAUUCUCAACAUGGCAUGAUUUAAAACGCACAGUUUCAGAAAUGUUAUCGUUCAGUCUGUUUGGUAUACCGUUAAUGGGUGCAGACAUUUGUGGAUUUAAUUGGAAUACAACUGUUGAAUUAUGUGCACGAUGGUAUCAAUUGGGUGCAUUUUAUCCAUUUUCUAGGACUCAUAAUACUGAUGAUGCCAUUGCACAGGAUCCAACCGCAUUAGGAGACAAAGUCUUAAACGCUGCUAAAAAAUCUUUAUUAACUCGAUAUUCAUUGAUAUCAUAUUUAUACACAUUAUUUUAUCGUGCAAAUCAAAAUGGUUCAACUGUAGCUCGCCCAUUAUUUGUGGAAUUUCAUGACGAUAAAUCUACAUAUGGUUUAGAUGAACAAUUUUUAUGGGGACCUAGUCUUAUGAUUAUUCCAGUUUUAGAUGAGGGAAAAUCUAAAGUAAAUGGUUACUUACCAAAAGGUAUUUGGUAUGAUUUUUAUUCGGGUGUUUCAUUACAAAGUGGAGGAGAAUUUUUGGAAUUUAAUGCAGCACUUGAUUCUCAAAUACCUUUAUUACUACGUGGUGGUAGAAUAAUAACAACACAAAAACCAGAGUUAACCACAAGUUUAACUAUUAAAAAUCCAAUAAAAAUUAUGGUUGGAUUGAGUGAAAUUCAGACUGCAAUUGGAGAAGUCUAUUUUGAUGAUGGAGUAACAUUCUCUGGAAAUGGUUCAUUAUUUUCAAUCGAUAUCAAAAACGGUGUGUUAAAUGUUAGUAUUUUGGAAUAUAAUUAUAAAAACAUUCCAAAAGUUAAUGAAAUUGUGAUUCUGGGAAAAACUGAACCUGUGUCAAGUGUUAUUGUGAAUGAAAAAAAUGUGACCACCUUUAAUUAUGAUUCUACACUAAAAGUGUUGAAAAUUGUGGAUUUGAACGCUGAUAUUUCAAACUUGCUAGUUAGUUAUCAUUAAUCCUAUGGAGACUGAAUAUCAAUUUUUGUCAAUUAUAUUAUAUAACUAUUUUAGUCUUUAUACAUUAUUAUAUAUUUUGGGAAAGUAAAUUGAAA